AUGGACCGGCAAUGGAUGUACAAUGCUGACCGACGUUCGAAAGAAUUCAUUGAUGGCCUGCAUUAUUUUUUGUCUGUGGCUGAGGCAAACAAGCAGAAUGGUUUUAUGUGCUGCCCGUGUGUUCAUUGCAACAAUAACAAGGAUUACUCAUCUUCAAGAACCAUACACAGCCACAUUUUCGCAAAUGGUUUCAUGAAAAAGUAUGUUUGUUGGACGAAGCACGGAGAACAGGGGGUUACCAUGGAAGACAAUGAAGAAGAAGAUUUUGACGACCACUUUCCCGGGAAUGCUGGAAUCGGUGCAUUCGAUGACAAUAUUCCCAUGGAAGAGCCCGAAGUAGAUGUAGCAGAAAAUGAUCCCAGCGACGAUCUGGGGCAAGCAUUGCACAAUGUGCAGGUAGACUGUGAGAGUGAAACGGAGAGGUUGAAGUUCCAGAAGUUGUUAGAGGACCACCAUAAGUUGUUGUACCCAGAUUGUCAAAAUGGAUUUAAGAAACUUGGCACCACCUUGGAGUUGCUGCAAUGGAAGGCGACAAAUGGUGUAUCCGACAAGGGAUUUGGUGAAUUACUCAAACUUGUUAAAAAAAUGCUUCCUAAGGACAAUGAAUUGCCUGCCACAACGUAUGAAGCCAAACAACUUGUUUGCCCUUUGGGACUGGAAGUACAAAAGAUACAUGCAUGCCCCAACGACUGCAUCCUCUACCGAGGCGAGUACGAGAAUUUGGAUGCAUGUCCCGUAUGCAGUGCAUUGCGUUACAAGAUUAGAAAAGAUGAUCCUGGAGAUGUCGAGGGGGAGCCUCCCCGGAAGAGAGUUCCUGCGAAGGUCAUGUGGUAUUUGCCUAUAAUACCACGUUUGAAGCGUCUGUUUAGAAAUAAAGAUAAUGCUAAGUUGAUGCGAUGGCACAAAGAGGAACGCAAGAAAGACUCGAUGUUGAGACACCCCGCUGAUGGGUCGCAGUGGAGAAAAAUAGAUAGAACGUACCCUAAAUUUGAUUUGGAUGCGAGAAACAUAAGGUUCGGUUUGAGUACGGAUAAGGUUGUAUACAUGGGUCAUCGUCGGUUUCUUCCCAUCAGGCAUGCGGUACGAAAGAAGGGCAAGCAUUUCAAAGGCCAAGCGGACCACCGAACAAAACCGAUGCACCGUAGUGGUAAAGACGUCUUCAACAUGGUAAAAGAUCUAGAAGUUGUUUUUGGAAAGGGAUCUGGUAGCCAACCUGUUCCGAACGAAAACGGAAUGGCGCCCAUGUGGAAGAAGAAAUCUAUAUUUUGGGAGCUACCAUAUUGGGAAGUCUUAGAUGUUCGUCAUGCAAUUGAUGUGAUGCACCUCACGAAGAAUUUUUGCGUCAACCUGAUAGCAUUCUUGGGAGUGUAUGGAAAGACAAAAGAUACAGUAGAAGCACGUCAAGAAUUGCAACGUAUGGAAGAACGAGAUGCCUUACAUCCA